GAUAAGCGCGAGUAGAAUAUAUGGACUGAUAUUUGUAUGGGUAACUUAUGAUGCCUUGUCGGCAUUGGCCAAGUGUGCAUGAACGAUUAGUUGGCAGCUUUAAUGGUUAAUUAAUAGGUGACGUGUGACAUAUGAGGAGGCACAUCAGCCGGAGGGACACGUCAACAUUCCUGCACUCCCAUGGAAAAACAUCCAUUCCCCACUUGGCACACGCGCUUUGAAGCGCGUGAGUCUCCAUCUAACCCUCUGUUUCUUAUUCAACAAAAACAGAGACUCAUCCUCUGUUUCUUGUUCCUAACGAUGCACGCCAGAUCCUACUCGGAGGCGACGAGCGUUGACCAGUUCUCGCCGGCGCGGCGAUUCUACUACGUACAGAGCCCCUCGUCCAACGAAGUGGAAAAAAUGUCGUACGUUUCGAGCCCAAUGGGUUCGCCGCCGCACCAUUUUUACCAUUCUCGUGAGUCGUCGAGUUCCCGAUUCUCCGCCGCGUUUAAGAACAACAUCAACCGGAACGGCAAUCCCUCUGCCUGGAGAAAACUCCACCGCCCCCAGGAUCCCAAUGAAGAAGAGGAGGAAUCCGGUGAUCGGAAUCCCAAAUGGAAUCGGAAUCUCCGGCUGUACUUGUCUCUGUUUCUUCUGUUGUUUCUUCUUUUCACCGUCUUCUUCCUCAUCCUCUGGGGCGCUACCAAGUCCUUCCGCCCUCAAAUUCUUAUUCAGAGUAUGGUGUUCGAGAAGUUUAACGUUCAGGCAGGAAGUGAUCCGGGGGGCGUGGCAACGGAUCUGAUGUCAUUAAAUUCAACGGUGAGGAUCAAGUACAGAAAUCCUGCCACGUUUUACGGAGUCCACGUCAGCUCCUCACUAUUUCAGCUCCACUAUUUCCAGCUCCAUGUAGCCUCUGGCCAGAUGAAGGAGUUUUACCAAAAAAGACAGAGCUCUCGAAGGUUAACGACAUCGGUGGCAGGGCAUCAAGUCCCGCUCUACGGUGGGAUCACAGUAAUUGGGAAUUGGCGAGACCAACAACAAGACGGGGUCGGGGUCGAGAUGCCGCUAAACCUCACGAUGGCUGUGAGGUCGAGAGCUUACAUUCUAGGGAAGCUGGUGAAGUCCACAUUCCAUACAACCAUUACAUGUUCAGUUACUCUUAGCACCAACAAGCUUGGAAAAUUCCACUCUUUCAACAAUUCUUGCACUUAUAAUUGAUCUUCUUAUGCUCCUUGUGGAGGUUCUUUACAAAAUUUGGGUAAGGUUUCAUGUCAUCGACUAUGCAA